AUGCUGAACCACCAGGUCCCACAUUCGGCGGCUGAGGUGCAGAAUCAGGCGCCUGAGGCGCAGCAUUCGGCGGCUGAGGUGCCGAAUGGGGCGCCUGAGGUCCCACAUUCGGCGGCUGAGGUGCAGAAUCAGGCGCCUGAGGCGCAGCAUUCGGCGCCUGAGGUGCCGAAUCGGGCACCUUGCUGCCGCUGGCUGUCGCUGGCUGCUGCGGGCUGCUGGAUGCUGAACCACCAGGUCCCACAUUCGGCGGCUGAGGUGCAGAAUCAGGCGCCUGAGGCGCAGCAUUCGGCGGCUGAGGUGCCGAAUCGGGCGCCUGAGGUCCCACAUUCGGCGGCUGAGGUGCAGAAUCAGGCACCUGAGGCGCAGCAUUCGGCGCCUGAGGCGCCGAAUCAG